CUGUUUCGUCUGCAUUGCUGCAACUGCGAUUUAAACUCGGUGGCUAUUUGGAGUUUAACCCGCAAGCUAUCUUCUUUUGUGGGGCUGCUGCCUCUGCUUUGCUGCUGCAAUUCAAACUUGACGGCUAAUUAGAGUUUAAACCAAAUCUCCUUUUGGUUUCGCGAUAUGGGACUAUAAGAGGUCGUGAUUACUAUUAGUAUACUUGAGCCGAAAAGGAAGUUUGAAGACGCUUUGACCUUACGGUAAAUCGAUACGGCGCGCAUGUUCGUGUACAGUAUAAUAGUGCGUUUGUUGAGCCGGAAGGGCUGGCGUGUUGUACAGUCUGUUAUGCUACACUGUGUUAGGCUAUGCUUUGAUAUGCUAUGCAUGUUAUUCUAUGCUAGGUUAUAUUAUUGUAUGUUACGCUAUGUUAUAAGAUGAGGUUAUGCUAUGCUUUUGCUAUGCACGUCACGAUGGGUCAUGCCAUGCUUGCUUUGCUAGAUUACCUCAUGCUAGGUAAUGCUAUGCCUCGAUAUGCUUUGCUAUGCCAGCUCGUUAUGUUAUGGGGCUGUUUCCUCUGCAUUGCUGCUGCUGCGAGUUAAAUUCGGCGGCUAUUAGAGAUUAAACCGCAAUAUGGUCGCGAUAUGGCACUAUAAGAGGUCGUGAUUACUAUUAGUAUACUCGAGCCGAAGGGGACGUUUUGAAGACGCUUUGAACUUACGGUAAAUCGAUAUGGCACGCAUGUUCGUGUCUAAUGGUGCGUUUGUUGAGCCGGAAGCGACCGGGCUGGUGUGCUGUACAGUCUGUAAUGCUAGGAUGGAAGAUUGACCUUUAACCCUGGGAACAAAGUUGUCCAGCUUCCAUAUAUUAACUACAUGAGGCAGAUGGGUGCAAUCUUUCUUAACUCCUACUCAAAUUCUCCCAUUUGUUGUCCAUCAAGGGCAGCUAUGUGGAGUGGGAAGUUUGUCCAUUUAACUCAGGCCUGGAACAAUUAUAAAUGCCUUUCUUCCAAUUUCACUACAUGGAUGGAUCAUCUGCAGAAAGCUGGGUAUCAAACCCACCGUAUGGGGAAACUAGACUACACAUCAGGGGGUCACUCUGUCAGCAAUCGUGUGGAGGCGUGGACCAGAGAAGUGGCGUUUCUUCUGAGGCAGGAGGGUCGUCCAGUGGCAGACUUAGUAGGUAACAGAUCCACAGUUAGAAUCAUGACCAAAGACUGGAACACCACAGACAGUGCUGUGCAGUGGAUCAGACAGAAAGCCAAAGCUCUUUCACAGCCCUUUGCUCUGUAUCUGGGGCUGAAUCUACCUCAUCCAUACUGCACAAAGGAGCUGGGUUCCACUGCUGGAGGCUCUACUUUCCGCACCUCACCCUACUGGCUCAAAAAGGUUUCCACAGAGCAAGUUUCCCUCCCAAAGUGGUUGCCAUUUUCUCAAAUGCACCCUGUUGAUUAUUAUUCAACCAUCACCAAAAACUGCAGUGGCAACUUUUCUGCACAGGAGAUCAGAGACAUCCGAGCCAGUUAUUAUGCCAUGUGUGCCGAAACUGACAGCAUGCUUGGUGAAGUGAUUUCUGUUCUCAGAGACACAGGAUUAUUAAACAGCACAGUUCUGCUUUUCACAUCAGAUCAUGGGGAUCUGGCUAUGGAGCACAGGCAGUUCUAUAAGAUGUCCAUGUUUGAAGGCAGCUCUCAUGUUCCCUUACUUAUAAUGGGGCCAGGUAUUAAGUCUGGGACUGAGAUCAGUUUUCCGGUCUCUCUUGUAGACCUGUAUCCUUCCAUACUUGACUUUGCAGGUAUCCCAAUACCACAUGGUUUGAGUGGUUACUCUGUGGUCCCGCUGAUCUCACAGGGUAAUAAGCAGUCCACUGUAUCUCACCCUGGCUGGAUACUCAGUGAAUACCAUGGCUGCAAUGCUAAUGCUUCCACUUACAUGCUGAGGAUAGAUAAGUGGAAGUAUAUCACAUAUUCAGAUGGCUUGAGUGUCCCAUCACAACUAUUUGAUCUGUCUGUGGAUGAAGCUGAGCUAAAGAAUGUGGCAUCCCAUUACCCUGUUGUGUGCCAGCAUCUGGACAAGCUGCUGCGUUCAGUGGUGGAUUACCCCAACGUCACUGAGGCCGUCCAACAAUACAACAGGCAGCAGUUUCUCCAGUGGAAGCAGAGUCUUGGGAACAAUUACACACAGGUCAUUGGCAACCUACGCUGGCACAUGGACUGGCAAAAGAAUUCACGAAAAAAUGAGAAAGCGAUUGAGGACUGGCUUGACAUCUAACACUGUUCAGAUUCAUUCUCCCAAAUUCAAAUACAUGAAGAAAGACAAAUCGCUACAAAAUGCAUGCUUUCAUUUGUAAUUGUGGCCUAAUUUGUUAAAAAAUAGGUCCAACUGAAUUCACUAAUGCUCAGUCUGGUGGUGUUACUUAAUAGAAUUAGAUAUUUUAUAUUAAAAAUAAAUCAUUUUUUAAACGUUUUUGUAAAUGAAAUAAAUCAUUUGAGAAGCAAUACAAUAUGCAAUACAAGCAACACAUUUGUAUUUUAAAUUGCAUUAAUUUAUUAAAUAUUAAGCACACAUUAGUUUGUUGUUAAUGAACUUAAUUUUAUUUUGCUAUUAAUUUUAUAUUGUUUUAUAUAAUUACAUGGGGGGAAAAACAGAAACCUGUAUAUAUAAUACAGAGUAUAUAGAGUAUCAUAACCACCUGAUAGCACAUAAAACAGGCACAAAAUGAAACAUCUAAUCCGGAGGUGAGAUGCAAACAUGCUAACCAAUAAACCACCUUGUCUCCCA